AUGACUUUGCUUCAAACAGAGGUCGGUGUGUCAGUGUCUUAUGCUACUGCAUGGAGAAGGAGAAAUAUAGCUCGUAAUGAAGUGAUUGGGGAUCCAGAGGAGAGUUUCUUGUUGCUGCCUUCUUACUUAUACAUGCUGGAGCAAGCUAAUCCUGGAACAAAAAUGAAAUUAUGUUUAGACGGUGAAGAGAGGUGCAAGUACUUUUUUGUCGCACUUGGACCUUGCAUGGAAGGGUUUGAAGGAAUGAGGAAAGUUAUUAUUGUAGAUGCAACAUUUCUGAAGGCUGGCUAUAAUGGUGUUUUAGUUAUUGCAACAGCUCAAGACCCUAAUCAUCACCAUUACCCUCUUGCAUUUGGUGUUAUUGAUGGUGAAAAAGAUGCAAGUUGGAAUUGGUUUUUCGAAAGGUUGAAAACCAUUUUUCCAGAUAAUAGUGAGUUGGUUUUUGUAACUGACCGUAAUCAAAGUUUAGUUAAAGCGGUUGGCGAAGUGUACCCGAGGGCUCAACAUGGCUUUUGUAUAUAUCAUAUGUCGCAAAAUGUGAAAUCUCAUGUUUAUUAUGUGGACAAAGAGGAGGCCGCUAAAAAAUUCAGAGAGUGCGCAAGGGUGUACACAGAAGCUGAGUUCCUACAAAAGUAUGAUGAAUUUAAAAGGAGGUACCCAACCACUGUCACUUAUCUUGAAAAAUGGCAGGAAGGUGGCACAGAGACCAUCAAUAGUGUGAAAUACUGGGCAAGGUGUUAUUUUCCUGGUGAAAUGUACAACAUUGACACUAAUAGUGAGACUCAGCAACAGCAAAGACAUAGGAAGGAGGCUGCAUUUGGUCAGGUGACAGAGAAAUUAGUGCCUUAUGUGGAGAAUAUAUUGCACUCGAGAUGUUUAGUUGCCAAGAAACUAGUUGUUGUGGAACUAAACAGUUUCGAGUUCAUAUACAAAGUUACUGGAAAAGAUGGAAAUGCUUAUGUGGUACACUUGUUACAGAAAAAUUGUGAGUGCAAGCAUUUUGAAAUAGACAAGUACCCAUGUGUACAUGCGUUAGCUGCAGCUAUGAAAUGCAACGAACAAAAAGAUGGAUCCAGGUAUUUCCAUUACCAUGAUCAGCGCUCUAGAUAUUAUUGGACUGACCAGUGGAAGUUGGCAUACGUGAGGACGAUCUAUCCAGUACCGACUAGAUAUCAGUGGUUAAUUCCAGCUGAAACAUGUGGUUUUGUCUGCAAACCACCAGAUUUUCCCAAGCGAAAGAAAGGAAGAAAGAGGGAUAAGAGGUUCACAUCCACGGGAGAACACCGCCGUGGUAACAAACGGGAGCCAGGACAAAAUUUGCAAGGACUUGGUUACAUUGUAGUCAAGAUCGUUGUCACAGAUGGGUCUUCUCAAACGAGAUACUUUCAAUGCGAGAACUUCAAGAAUGAUGGCUUACAUGUUCGCAAAGUAUGGGCGGAUGCUGUUGGAGAAGAGAUUGAUAGGAUCAAGAAGGAUGUUGCUGCUAGUGGAGAAAAAAUUUGA